AUGGCGGAACCCAUAAACACCAAGAUGGAUGACCACACAUCGCCGCCUCCACUGCAGUCACUCAGCAACUCCGUGGCAUCGGUCGGCCGCUCGAAGCCGCCUAGUCUCAAGAUGAGCUCCAGCCCAAGCCCCCACCGCUCCAGCUUUGCCGAGCACAUGCGCGGGGCGCCUCCUUCGCCGCGCGCAUCGCGCAAGCCGUCUCUCUCGCAGCAAGCACUGCAAGAUCUGCUUAACAACCCGCCGACAAAAGCGGGCGAUCCGCAGUUUCAUGGACGUGACUGGAAAACGAUCAGACUGGGCGAGAUUGUGGAUCCAAGUUUGGUGCGCUUUGCCGAAUACGACACCACCGUUGAGGAUGCCACGAGUUUGUUGGUCAGGCACGGCGCCCCCAACGUCGUACUCCUCCGCGAGAACCCAGACUCCAACCAUGUCACGGGAACAUUCGACUACAGCGACUUGAACGCAUACCUCCUCCUCGUAGUCGGCCUCGCGCACCCUGAUCAAGAAGACAUAGCCUCCUUUGACGAGCUCGCCAAGAAGGGGAGAGAGGGAAAGCCGAUCCCGCUCAGAGACGUGAAAGAAGUUGGCAUGAAAAAGGAGCCACUUAUCACCCUCCCAGAGACCGCCGACCUGACCAAAGCUAUCGAAGUAUUUGGCAGUGGUGUUCAUAGGGUGCUGGUUACAAAGGAGGACACAACAGACGUCAUUGGUGUUCUUACUCAGUUGACGUUGGUUCGGUUCUUCUGGGAGAAUCGGCAGAGCUUCCCAGCGGUUGACCAGCUGUACCCGCAGCUGAUCAAAGAUUUGGACAUUGGAUCGAAGAGCGUCUUGGCUAUCAACGGUGAUGCGCCUCUAGCAGCUGCUCUGGAGCUCAUGAACAACGAGGGCGUUUCAUCCUUGCCAGUUCUCGACGCAUCGAACAACGUUAUUGGCAACAUUUCGCACAUCGAUGUCCGACUCCUCACCAAAUCCACAUCUCUGCCUCUCCUCCGCUCGUCCUGCAUCCACUUCAUAACAGUCAUCCUCUCUGAACGCGGCGUGGACGAUGGUCAAGAUUCCUUCCCCGUUUUCCACGUCAACCCCUUCAGCACGCUGGCCCACACGGUAGCAAAACUAGUAGCAACCCGCUCCCACCGCAUGUGGGUCGUUGACGAACCAUCUCCUUCAUCCUCAGGCCCGUCCACUCCCGCCAUCACGCCCGCUACCUUUGUCCCACCAUCGCCAAUCACACCUCUGCCACCACAAGUUUCGGGCGCUCCAAUACCAGUCAAUUCGAUCGCACCCACUCACCUCGCGAGCACGGGAGCCGUGGCACCUGCGAUUUCCGCGUCGGCAAUUACAGGCGCGAAUCUAUCUGGCAGACUCAGCGGCGUUAUCAGUCUUACCGAUGUUCUUAAUGUCUUUGCAAGGGUGAGUGGCUUGCAUCCUCAUGACCCUGACGAUGCACGACGCGCACGGCGGAGGAGCAGCUCGAGCAGUAUGCGCGCGAGCAUGGACAGCUCGCGCAGCGAAAGCGUGUCUGGUAUCGCGGGUCGUCGGAGCAGUGUCAGCGAGCGGGAAAAGAACGUCCAGGGGCUGGGCAUCUCGAGGGGACGUGGGGUUUGA